AUGAAAUCAAUUCAAAUUGUUCCAAAUGAAAUUGAUUUAGGUGUUAAUUCUAUUGGUGAAAAGAUUAAAUGUAAAUUAACAAUUAAUAAUGAAUCUAAAAGUGAAGAAGCAGGAUUUGUAAUUUUAGAUUCAACAAAACAAGAAUCUUAUCAAGUUCAAUUUAAUAUUAAGAAUGGUACUAUUGCACCAUGUAAACAUGAAAUUAUUGAAUUAACAUGCGAAUAUUUCUUACCUGGAAUUCAAACAUUUUCAGUUCAAAUUCAAGAUUUAAAAACUAAAAUAAUUCACAAAUGUUUAAUCAAAUGUAGAGUUAUAGUUGAUUCACCUAUUCAUAUUGAAAAUAUUAAUCAAGAUCGAAUUUUAAAUUUUGGAUUUUGUUAUAUUCAUCCUUUAUCAUCUUUAUCAACAACAACUACAACAUCUAAUUUAUCAGAAUUAUCACCAACAUCAACAACAACAACAUCAACAACAAUAUUGGAUAAUUUAUCAAAAGUUUCAAAUUUUAAAAUUACAAAUACAAAAGAUUAUUCAUUGAAUUUGAAAUUAAUUUCCAAUUCUAAAAAACAAAUUUUAAUUUAUUCAGAUGAAAAUUUACAAAAUUUAUUAACAGAAAAAUCAAUCAUUAAAAUAGAACCUCAACAAACUAUUACUAUUCAUGUUGGAUUAAAACCACAUUUAAAUUCUAAUUUAGCAAAGAAGGGUAAAUGUAUUUCAUUUUCAAGUAGUAUUGUUUUAAAUGUUUUAAAUGAAGAAAAACAAAUAUUUUCUCAAGUCAUUCAAAUUAGAGCAUUUGUUGGUAAAAGUAUUUUAAAUAUUGAUAAUCAAUUUAUUGAUUUUGGUUGGUCAAGUAAUUUAAAAACAUUUAAUUCACAAUUUACUUUAUCAAAUGGAAAUCAAUUCUUACCUUUAGAAUAUGAAAUUAUUUCAUCUUCACCAAAUGAAUUAUAUUUAAAUAAUGAUUCAGAGAGAGUUGGUAAUUUAAUUGGAUGUAAAAUUAAUUCUUCCAAUAAUAAUAAUAAUAGUAAUAAUAAUACUCCUAUUAAUAGUCCUAUUCCAACAAGUAAUAAUACUAAUAACAUAUCAUCUACUAAUACAUUAUCUACUACUACUACAAAUAAUACAUCAUCUAAUGAAGAUGAUGAAAAUAACAAGAAGGUAUUAAAAUUUACAUUCAAUCCAUUAACAAGUGGACUUCAUGAUCAUUAUUUUACAAUUAUAAACAAAUCAUCUUCAUAUAAUAAUAGUGAAGUGAGUAAAAUAGCGAUACGUGCAUUUGUUGAUGAUCGUAAAUCAUUACGUAAUAAUUUACAAGCUGAUAGUUCAGGAGUUGAUGCUUUGGUAUUUUCAAAUGUUUAUGUUAUUAAAGAACAAGAUGAAAAUGAUCAAAUUGUAAAAAUAACAGGAAUUCCACAUCAACAUUUACAAAAAUUAGCAAAUCAACUUGUUGAAGAAUAUGAUUAUUUACAAGAUUCAGAUGAAGAAUUAAGAAAUGAAAUUAGAAAUUCAACAAUAUUAGGUGUACAAGAAUUUCAAUUAUCAAACAUUUCUAAAAAUGAUAUGAUUUUAAUACCUAAUAGUGAUAUUGAUAUGAUUGUAUUUGUUAAAAAACAAAAAUCUAAACAAUUAUCAUCUUUAAAUUCAAUUGAAAAAUUAGAAAGAAUUAAACAAUUUAAUUCAUUUACACAAUAUCCAAAUAAGGGUAAACCAUUCAUUUUACCUGCAGGUGAACAAUUAACACUUGUAACAAUGUUAUCAGGUCUACCUUUAACAAUGAAUGAUAAUGAAACUGAAAAUUUAUUGAAAAAGAAUUAUGUUGAACUUCAAAGAUCUUUAAUUUUAUCAGAUGAUGAACAACGAGCAUUAAAAUUAAUUAAUGUUCAUAUUCAAAUGGGUAUUUCUGAAGUUUCAUUAAGAUCAAAUACAAUUAAUUUAGGUAAAAUUGGUUAUAUUGAUAAAUGGUCUGAUAGAAAAUUUCAAAUAGUUUUAAAUAAUGAUCAUUCAGAUGUUUUAUCAAAAGUUAAAUUAAUUUCAAAACCAAAAGGAAUUGAAUUUGUUUCAAAUUAUUCUUCAAUGAGUCCAAUCACACCAACAUCAUCUGGUGGUGGUGGUUCUACUACUUCAACAACAACUAUGAAUUUAUUACAACACUUUGAUCAAUCAUCACCAACAUUAUCUACUAAUAGUCCUGGUAAUAGUAGUAAUAGUAGUAAUAAUAGUAAUGAAAUGAGUAGUAGAACAAAAUGGACCAUUCCACCUAAAGGACAAAAAACUAUUAUUUGUAUUUUAAAAACAAGUGAAUUUAAAGAUUUUAAUAAUUUUUCUAAUAAUAAUAUUCUAAUAAUUUAUUAG